AUGACACGGCUAAAAGCCGUCGAGCAUCCCCCUGCCGUGGAGACUGCUGUGUGCAGUUUAGAAUUUUACAUUGCAUCGAAUCUGCUCGGGAGCUUGGGGAGAGCAGAGGCCCAAGGGGCUCCCAGGAAGAGCAGAAUCUUGGAGGAUGAUUCGUCAUUGAAGGAAAACGCGGGUCUGCUUGCUCAGAAUGAAUAUGAAGAAGACAGCUCGGAUGAAGAGGACAUUCGCAACACGGUGGGCAACAUCCCCAUGGAGUGGUACCAGGACUUCCCGCACAUCGGCUACAACCUGGAGGGCAAGAGGAUCUAUAAGCCCAUCCGGAACAAGGACGAGCUAGACAUGUUCCUGGAGAAGAUGGAGAACCCCGACUACUGGCGAACGGUCCAGGACAAGAUGACGGGUGCAGACAUAAAGCUGACAGACGAGCAGGUGGACCUGGUGCAUCGGCUUCAGAAAGGGCAGUUUGGGGAUGUCCACUUCAAUCCCUACGAGCCGGCCGUUGACUUCUUCACCCACGAGGUCAUGAUCCACCCGGUGACAAAUCGCCCGGCAGACAAGCGGAGCUUCAUCCCCUCCCUCAUCGAGAAGGAGAAGGUCUCCAAGCUAGUCCACGCCAUCAAGAUGGGCUGGAUCAAGCCCCGUAAGCCCAAGGACGACACACCUACAUAACAUGACCUCUGGGCCCAUGAGGAUCCCAACUCCAUCCUGGGCCGCCACAAGAUGCACGUCCCAGCCCCCAAGAUGAAGCUGCCUGGGCACGAGGAGUCCUACAACCCCCCACCCGAGUACCUGCUCAGCGAGGAGGAGAAGCUGGCCUGGGAGCAGCAGGAGCCGGCCGAGCGGAAGCUGAACUUCGUGCCCCAGCAGUACCGGUGCCUGCGGGCAGUGCCUGCCUACUCCCGCUUCAUCCACGAGCGCUUCGAGCGCUGCCUGGACCUCUACCUCUGCCCGCGCCAGAGGAAAAUGCGG